GACCGAGAGCAAACGCCAUAGUCACUUACAUCGAGAUUAAGAGAUUGCCCUUUGAAAUAUGGAUAUGGAUAGCAUCAUUGGCAUCAUCAUUGUCACCUUUGCGGUAGCUUGUUUUAUUGCGCGUUUCUAACUUUGCCUUUCACCUUCCAUACGCAAUUCCAACCAAAUCCACCCAAUCCAGCUCAGUUAUAAAAUGCAGUAUACAUCCUCUUCAUUCUUCUUUUCUUCUUUACAUUCACAAUACAAUCUCAAUUAUCAUACUCAAAAGCAUCAAAGUAAUUAAACCAACCUACUUUAUAUCAAAUCUACUACCACACCAACAUAUCAACAUGUCUACCAACGAUAACACUUCUACCCUCAAGUCUGUCAUCGACUCUGCAACCGGAACUGUUCAGAAUGCCUUUGGCAGUGUAACUGGAAGCACUGGUGACAAGGCACAAGGCCAGGCCAAGCAGAACAAGGCUGAUGCUGAGUACGAUGCAUCCCAAGCCACUAUCAAAGGCCCAGGCUUCACUGCUUCAUCCUCUGGCGCCGUCACCAAGGAUAACCCUGACCGGACCGCUGGCUCAUACAACCAGACAAUUGGUUCAGCUAAGGAGUUUGUAGGAGGAGUCACAGGCAUUGAGUCUAUAAAAGCUGCUGGUCGUCAACAAAACGAAGAAGGACGACAGCAAGAAGCUAAGGGUCAAGUCAAUGACUACGUGAGCGGAAUAUCUGAUCGUGUCACUGGUACGGUCGGUGGAGCCUUUGCCGGUAUAACCGGCAACAAGGCCGCGCAAUCGAGCUAUCAAGAUCAGCACGAUGCCGGGAAAACGACACAGCGUGGAGCGGAGGUGGAUAUCGUGAAGGCGGCGGAUGCUGAGGCCGCUGCUUCGCACAAGGCGUAAACACCUUCAAUAACGCACUGCACCCAAAGCACUAGGGUGGUGGGCAGUGGAACGACAUUAUGAUACCCCUAAGACUUAAUAAAAAUGAUGGUUUGGUUGGUGGAUGUUUGGUACAUUCAUUUAUACCUACAAUAAAACCUCUUUCAACCAAAAUACCUGUAUGCUUUUCACAUGCUCAGUGAUGAAAGAUAUCGGCGACGGAAAAUGACGUAAUAUGUACGUAGAGAGAAUAAUACGCAGUUGCGCAAGCCGAA